GAUCACAGCCUUUUCUUUGGGUUUGUUUUAGCAUUCUUCAAUCAAGGCCAAAGAACUUCGAUUGCCAUUUCUCACCUUGGCUUGAAUAAAUGGUACGAUAAACUAUGAAGAUAUACACUCAAGGGCAGGCGCAAACAUGAACAAGCGCAUCUUGUUCAACCCUACGAGCGUGCCGGCAUUGCGCAGCCCCCGCCCUCCCCGGCUUCAGACGCGUGCUUUUGGCAACGCGGGGAACCUUGGUAGAGUUGGUUUGAAAGGACUAAAGUAUGAUGGAUUGAAGGGCGCAUGGAAAGGUGUGAGGAAAGAGAGUACGCAAAUUGGUGAGAAUGAAAGUGGGCAUAUUACUGCUGGAACUAAUGAGGGGAUUCUAUUCCUGGAUAGUGAGUUCUCAUUCUUCUAAUCGAGAUCAUAUAUUUAUAUCAGCUUGCUGAUGUGUUUCUCCCAAAGACAUUUUCCCGUUGAAGCUCGGGUGGCUACUCCGAAUACCAUGGUACGGAAAAAUGGAUUCAAGCCUUCCAGAUAUUCUUUAUCGAUUCAAUAACAAAGUAUUCUCCAAGUACGAUCCUCUGAGCCUAGUGAAGCGUGCUAUACCGUCCAGCGUCCCCUUGAAAGUUACCGAGAUUUUACCUCGUCUUAAAGAAGGAGGCGCAUUUGUCAAAUUCUCGCACGACCACACUGUAACGGCCAGGGAAAUCGAAGGCCUAAUCUCAGGAUAUCUCAAGGAGAAACCUGUCAAACCUUGGUUCAACCCCUUUCGGCAGAUGAGAGCAAAGUUGGUACUUGGAAAACCCUGGCUGGAAGACCUGUAUAGAUUCCCAAGUACGCGAAUCCGUGUCGAGUUCGUUCCUUGUACUCCUGGCGGCGAGGUAGCCGAACUUUCACAGGAGACGUUGUAUAGCCUGUUCCGGAAGUAUGGAAAGAUUGCAGAGAUCUCUUCUCAACCUUCAGACUCCAAGGUCCUACCAAAGUUUGCUAUACUGGAUUUUGCAAAUAUCAGACAUUCAAUAAUGGCUAGGAAUUGUUUACAUGGUUUCAAGGCUACAGAAGAAUUCGGUGGCGGGAAGGUUGGCACCACACUUCGGCUAUCGUUUGAGCCCAAAAUGCAGGCUCACCAUGUCAGGGAAUGGCUUACCAGCCAUCCACGUGUUGUGAUUCCGGCUGUGGCUGCAAUCCUUGCUACUGUAACGGUUGCAGUGUUUGAUCCUAUCCGAACUUUCUUCAUCAAGGCACAUAUUGAUCACGCUUUUAGUCUUAAGGACAAUAAGGUCUACGCAUGGUUUGCAAGUCAAGCAAAGGAUGUUUUCUCAUUCCGCGUGCACAAAGCAGAAGAGGCAAGCCUUAGCGCAAUUUGGGAUGAUAGGAAGCAGGCUAUUGAAGAUCUCCAAACUUGGCUUAUGGAAACCGCUGAUACCUUUAUCGUUGUCCAGGGGCCACGAGGAUCGGGAAAGAAAGAGCUCAUCUUUGAUCAAGCACUCAAAGGUCGACCAAAUACCUUACUGAUAGAUUGCAAACCCAUUCAGGAAGCAAGAGGUGACUCUGCCACAAUUGCGGCGGCUGCUGCUGCUGUUGGAUAUCGUCCAGUCUUCUCUUGGAUGAAUAGUAUUAGCAGCUUGAUUGAUUUGGCCGCACAAGGUACAAUCGGCGUAAAAUCUGGAUUCUCAGAAACCUUGGACUCACAACUUGCAAAGAUUUGGCAAAACACUGCGACUGCCUUAAAGCAGGUGGCUCUACAAAACCGGAAGAAAGAUGACAAAGACGCUUCUUUGGCAGACGAUGACUGGCUUGAGGCACACCCGGAGUAUAGACCUGUGGUUGUGAUCGAUAAUUUCUUGCACAAGAAUGAAGAUAGUAGUAUUGUUUACGACAAGAUAUCGGAAUGGGCAGCUGGACUUACUACUUCUAACAUUGCUCAUGUCAUAUUCCUAACCAACGAUAUCUCUUAUUCAAAAUCCUUGAGUAAAGCGCUUCCAGAUCGAGUCUUUAGACAGAUAGCGCUCGGUGACAUUACCCCUCAAGUAGCCAAGAAAUUUGUCAUUAGUCAUCUAGAAAGCGACCCAGAAAACCCUACUGACAGAACGGAGAAGCUUUCGGAAUCUCAACGACGAGAUGAUCUCUCUGAAUUGGAUGAGUGUAUCGAGGUCCUUGGAGGUCGAUUGACUGAUCUAGAAUUCUUGGCACGUCGAUUGAAAACCGGACAAACCCCCAAGCGCGCCGUGGCAGAGAUUGUGGAGCAAAGUGCUUCGGAAAUCAUGAAGAUGUAUUUGCUAUCUGCUGAAAAGGGCGAACGAAAAUGGUCCGUUGAGCAAGCAUGGUACUUGAUUAACUCACUUGCCGAGAACGAUACUCUUCGGUAUAAUCAGGUCCUGCUCUCUGAUACAUUCAAAUCAUCCCUUACACCAUCCGCGACGAACGGAGAAAGUGUUCUCGAAGCUCUCUCCGCCACCGAGUUAAUCACCAUCAAGAGCUGCAAAGGACGUCCACAGAGCAUCAAAGCUGGAAAGCCAGUCUACCAAGCUGCCUUUAGAAUGUUAAGCGAGGAUCGUGUAUUACGAAGCAGACUUGACUUGGCAGUCCUUACGGAAUUGACCAAGAUUGAGACGAAGAACAUUGAUAAGUAUGAGAAUGAGUUAGUAAUGCUCGGUGCAUUGCCCAAGCAACCUUAUGAGGUUGGUCCUCGUAUCCAUUUCCUAUUGGACAAAUUAGCGGCAAGUCAAAGAAAAGUUGAGGCCUGGGAAAAGGAAAUGGGAUCCUUAAAGAAGGUCUUGAUGGUCGAAUAUUGAGGGAAAACAACAUCACAUUCUAGCAUAUGCCCAACUCUUUUAAUGUAUAAGCAUGUAGCAAUGUAGCAUGAGAUCUCAAUAGUGUGACUGGGCUAAAAUAAAUAUCAUAUAGUCAGCUUUUUGUGAC